GUGACGUCAGGAAAGAGGCGCGCCCGAAAAAGCCGCUCUCGUCUCCACUUCUUUCGCUCUCUCUCGGUCAGAGCAGAGCAAUGUCUGAGCCUAAGUCUGAGCUCGGUUCCCGGCGGGAGGUCUUCGAUGAGCCCAAGGUGGAACUUCACGUUCAUCUGGACGGAGCCGUUCGAGCCCAAACGAUCAUCGAUGUCGCCAGGCGACGCGGCAUCCGUCUGGCGGCCGACACGGCCGAGGAGCUGAGGCGCCUGCUGGUUCUCCGAGAGCCGGCCACUCUCACCGGCUUCCUGGCCAAGUUUGCAGUCUACAUGCACGUCAUCGCUGGAGACCGAGACGCCAUCGAAAGGAUCGCCUACGAGUUUGUGGAGGACAAAGCCAAGCAGGGCGUAAUCUACGCUGAGGUCAGAUACAGUCCCCAUCUUCUGGCCAACGCUGACGUGGAGCCCAUUCCGUGGAACCAAGAAGAGGGCGACCUGAGCCCGGACGAGGUGGUCCGGCUGGUCAACCGGGGCCUGAGAGACGGGGAGAGGGCCUUCAGUGUCAAAGUCAGGUCCAUUCUAUGCUGCAUGCGCCACAUGCCAAGCUGGUCGGCGGACGUGGUGGAGCUGUGUAAGAAGUACCGCCAUGAGGGAGUUCUGGCAAUCGACCUGGCGGGUGACGAGUCGCUGGACUGCCAGGCCUACCCGGGCCACGCGCGAGCCUACCAGGAAGCGGCGCGGUGCGGGAUCCGCCGAACAGUCCACGCGGGCGAAGUGGGCCCGCCAUCCGUGGUUAAGGAGGCCGUGGAGGUACUGAAGGCUGAACGCGUGGGGCACGGUUACAGGACCCUGGAAGACCCGCAGCUUUACGCGCAACUGUUGGCCACAAACAUGCACUUUGAGGUGUGUCCCAUCUCCAGCAAGUUGACGGGUGCCUGCGACGCCGACUUCAGCAAGCAUCCUGUGGUCAGGUUGAGGAAGGACAAGGCCAAUUACUCGCUGAACACGGACGACCCUCUGAUCUUUGACUCCACACUGCAACUAGACUACAGCGUGGCGUGCCAGCACAUGGGCUUCACCCGCCAGGAAUUUAGGAGACUGAACAUCUGCUCAGCAGCGUCUUCCUUCUUACCCGAGCCAGAGAAGAACGAGCUUCUGCACCAGCUGUACCGGGCCUAUGGCAUGAUCCAGAGCACGGCCUUUUGACCUCCGCUGUCCAACGUCGGGGCAGGGCGGCAGUCAAAAUCUUCCUCAGGCCUCAUGAGGGUUAUCUGCCGUUCGCUAAGCUCGGCGUCCCAGUCCAAAACGCUUGGGGAGACCAGACACCCAUGCACCCAUGUGACCGUUGACUGUGUUGAUAUGACCUCAGCGAGCCAGCAGGUGGCGUACUACUGUGCUUUUCACAACCAACCAGACUGCUCAAUAAAGCAGUUUUGCAUGC